AUGAAGUUUCUCUCGAUCACAUUGGCUCUCUCAGCUGCCUCUAUCGUCUAUAGCAUGCCGCUGUUGAGCUCCGCCUCCGGGGCUAUUAUGAAAAGAAAUCCCUUUUCAGCUUGCGGAUUCUACAUCGCAUUCUGCGGCCUAGAAACCGAUGCAAAGACGAAGGAUAAUCAUAAAGUUGACGAUUCGCCGGCCAACCCUUUGAUUAAGCCAGGACAUUAG